AUUGGUCAUCAGACAGUAGAGCAACUAGUCAACAAUAAGAAAAGUAAGUGAGCAAAAGACCAAUUGGGUUGACAAGGUAUAAAGCGGUACGGGUCAUUGUCUGACAGCAGGGGUGGGUGUGUGACAACAUGACACGUUGUGAGACACAGGGUACAAUGUAUGGCUGUGUGAGACCUCACUACAGUUUGGUACAGCAGGAUACAAGGUGAGAGACAGCAGGGUGGUGUAAGACCCCCAUGAGUGUCACCUGCCACCUUACACCAUGUUUGUGGUUGUUUGUAGGAGGGAUUAGGCUAACCCCUUCAAUGCCAGACUAGGGGUUCUUCAACUCAGAGUAAAGUUUCAUUGGCACUGAAGGGGUGUCCAGAGGUAGGGGAGGAGUCCCUUCAUUUAGCCUGUGCUCUGUCCCUGCUCCCUCCUGGAAAUCUCCAUUAUUCCAAGGGAAAUAAUUCCUUUUGUGUGUAUGGAAUGGACCUCAGGGAAGGGGGGGGGGUGAACAGUGGACAGGGUGGAGGAGGGAAUAAGGGGGAGUGAGAGGUGGCCAGAAGGGGAGGGAGAAGCUGGGCAUCAGGGGGGAGGUCUGUGAGGGACGAAGGGGUCGCUUAUACAGCUGUCAUCAGACAAGGAAGAAGGGAGGGAGAAAAGGGGGAGAGAGGAGGAGAUAUUGUGAAGUGUAAGAUGGAAUAGCCGGGACUCACAAGCAGUGUGUGUUGCUGUGCAGGGGGGCCCCUGGAAGCUGUGGGGGCCAUAUUGUAAAAUUAACCGGCUCCAGAGAGAGGAGGAGAGAAAGAAAAAGCUCACAAAAAAGACUUUAGCCGGUGAAUGAAUAUCCGAGAGGUGGAGAAGACAUCUGUAUCCUGCAGAGCAUCUCUUCCAGGGACCAUGCUCUGCCUGUAAUCCUCACCCCUCACACUCCUAGUAUUACCCCCACAUACUCCUCACACUCUUACUAUUCCCCCCACAUACUCCUCACACUCUUACUAUUCCCCCCACAUACUCCUCACACUCUUACUAUUCCCCCCACAUACUCCUCACACUCUUACUAUUACCCCCGCAUACUCCUCACACUCUUACUAUUCCCCCCACAUACUCCUCACACUCUUACUAUUCCCCCCACAUACUCCUCACACUCUUACUAUUCCCUCACACUCAUUCAAUUACCCCUUAUACAGCCCUAAUACUAUUCCCUCACACACUCAUACUAUUACCUAACACACAUACUAUUCCCCCCUCACACACAAACUAUUUCCUCACACAAUCCUCACACUCAUACAAUUACCCCUUACACAGCCCUUAGACUAUUCCCCCUAAAAAACUCAUACUAUUACCUCACACUCAUACUAUUCCCCCCUCACACACAAACUAUUCCCUCACACACUCCUCACACUCAUCCUAUUGAUACUAUUCCCUCACAAACCACAGUGUGUGCUGGUGCAUCAGGCGACACACUCACUUCUUCCUGCACUACACACAGACACAUACACACACACACACACACACACACACACACCAACAGGGAUUUUUUUUUUAGCCUGAAUCUUCCUUCUUCAUCAUUCCCCCCCUUCACUCACACACACUCACACACACCCUCCCUCACUCCUGCAUCGCACAGCGCACCCUGGCCUAAUUCAUCGGGUUAUGAAAGCUGCCUGCUGCACGCUGCUAUGUUUGUUCCGCUCUCCGUCCCCUUUCUGUUUCAGCGAGCCGGCUCUGAACACGCAUGGCCCUUUAAGUCGCCUCUGUCUGUGGCAGGUGCUGACGAAAUAAGAAUGUCUAAACCAGGGCAUCUCAGCAAACUGCACACAGAAGGGAGUGUAACAGAUAAUGAAAGGAAUGGUGCAGAUUCUCUACAUGAGGUUCAGCAGAAUAAAGGAUCACCCUUCUCACUCUCUCCAAAGAUGACAGAUGAAGAAUGUGGGGACCGGUCACCCUCCCUACCUGGCACUCCUGUCCCUCCAAUGCCCUCUGCCCCUCCUACUCCACAGGCUCCACCUGCCCCUCAGCAGCCCCCCACAUCCCUUCCCCAAACACAGCUCCUCUUGGCUGGGAGUCAGCUUGCUGGGCUCACUGCUCUCCUCCCUGCACAGCAGCAGUUGCUUCUCCAGCAAGCUCAGCUUCUUGCCGCUGCUGUGCAGCAAUCCAGUGCCGCCGUCAGUGCAUCCCAGUCUGGGUCUGACUCACAGACCCCCCCCACCAGUCAACAACAACCUCACCAGCUCGCUCUGUCCCAGCCCAUCCACCUCACUGCACAGGAUAUUCAACAGUUGCUACAAUUACAGCAGUUGGUUCUAGUACCUGGUCAUCCCUUACAGUCAACUCCACAGUUUCUUUUGCCCCAGGCCGGGCAGGGUCAACAAGGCUUGAUAUCUGCACCAAAUCUCUUCCAGCUACCUCAGCAAAAUCAGGGGAACCUUCUGUCGAGUCAGCCCAGGCCCAGUCUCCCCACUCAGGCCGUAUCCCGACCUGGCCCACAGGAUACUCCUCUCCUGUCUCACUCUGAUCCAACAUCUCAUCCUGAAGAGCCUAAUGAUCUAGAAGAGCUGGAACAGUUUGCUAGAACCUUCAAACAGCGUAGGAUUAAACUGGGCUUCACUCAGGGUGAUGUAGGCCUGGCUAUGGGAAAGCUUUAUGGAAAUGAUUUUUCUCAGACCACCAUUUCACGUUUUGAGGCGCUUAACCUGAGUUUUAAGAAUAUGUGCAAACUGAAACCACUGCUGCAGAAAUGGCUGAGUGAUGCAGAAACCAUGUCUGUGGAUAGCACUCUCCCCAGUCCCAAUCCUCUGAGCAGCCCUGGAGGAGGAUAUGAUGGGCUCCCAGGCCGCAGACGCAAGAAACGCACCAGCAUUGAGACCAAUGUGCGAUAUGCACUGGAGAAAAGCUUUAUUGCGAACCAGAAACCUACCUCUGAGGAGAUCCUUGUGAUUGCUGAGCAGCUGAAAAUGGAGAAGGAGGUGAUCCGUGUGUGGUUCUGUAACCGCCGACAGAAGGAGAAACGCAUACACCCCUGUAGCAGCACACCACUUAGCCCCACGCAGGCCAAGGGGUCGUUGUUUGGAGCACACAUGGUGUCACCCCAGGUGUCUGCCCCAAUCCUCACUUCACAGGCUUCCAGUAACCUCAGCACAACAGUGACUACCUUACCUUCUGCAGUGGGGUCUCUUGUUCACCCACGCCCACCCUCAAACACAGCACCACCAUCUGCCACCCCUCCUCCAAGCAACAGCACAAGCGCGAGUCCCCAGAGCAGCACCCAUUCCGGUCUCAGCCUGACAGGACUGAGUCCAAGUGCUGGAUGUCUAUGGCAAACUAAUGCAGACUGUAGGCCUCCACAACGACCGCUCUACACAACUUGUAGGGGAACAAUGCUCGGGGUCAGCGCAGGGUUAAACCCGACCCUCAUGGCGGGAAACCCACUGGCCACCAUACAAGCUCUGACCAGUGGUGGCUCUCUGCCUCUCUCCGGACUUGAUGGCAGUGGUGGCCUUGUUCUAGCUGGCAGUUCCAGUGCCCACAGCCUGGUGAGCCCUCCAUUCUUCCUGAACCCUGGGGGUCUCCCCCUCAUCAGCUCAAGCCUGGCACGCAUACCUUCUGCUGGUGGAACCCCUAGCCUCUCUCCUUCUUCUACCACAUCCUCUGUAGAGGCAGCUGUCCCCACCCUCCAGCCCAGCCCUGGAGGCUCCCAGAAUGGUGGGGAAAGUGAGUGAAGAACACAUUCUCCUCUUUGAACACCCACCAGCACCCACGCUGAGCCUACUCUAGCUUGGUGGCUCUUGGAUACAUUAGGGGGGAGAGGCUUGAGUGUAUUUUAGAGCCGCUGCCUCUUUCCCCUUCCCCCCACCGAAGACAAAAUAUGCGUGGAGUGGGGUGAUGGAACCAAAAAAAAAAAAAAGAAGAACCAAAAAGAAUUUUAAACCAAAUAAGAACAAAAACAUUUCAAACCUCGGAAAUAUUGCAGAAAAACCAAAAAUGUGCUAAACUCUCCUCUGGGGUACAUUGUGUUCUCCUCAACCAAAGGAUUUCAUAAAAGACUGAGCUCCCUGCUCUCUUGUUGUUUCUAUUGAGCUAUGUGCCAUUUUUUUGUUACCAUUAACAGGACAAAUUGGGGGAUAAAACUAGAAAUGGUGAGGGGGUUGGGGAUAUUCUACCCCCUUCCAUCCUCCUCUUCUUCGUUUUUACUCCCCCAUAACAUUGUUGGGAGUGGAUAAUAGGAAAAUAAACCCCUUUAUCCAAUGCGGAAAGAGAGAGAGGCCGCUUAUGGGUGGGGUGCAUGGGUGAGAUGUGGGAAAAUAGGGUUGAGUAAGAACCCCCUCCCACCUCAUUCAUAACACUCUUCCCACCUACACCAAAAACCAAAACAACAGCUUUAUCCAAAGCCUAUCAUGUUUCUAGAACCUCAGAGUAAUUCUGUGUAUUUGUGUCAAGUUCAAAAGUCCAUUUAAAAAAAACCCAUAGUUUAUUCUGGAACCUUUAUUUUGCUUAUGUCUCGCCAGUAAUGAACUCCGCUUACUACUUUAAAUAGCUUCCUUCUUUAUUAUCCCCAUCCCCUGUGAAAAAACAAUGAUCAUUUCACAGCCCUCAUUACAGAGAAAUAUGACUUUAUUUUUUAACUUCCAGUUUGACAUAUUAGUAGCAGACUGUUACUUUUCUGCUAAGCAAACGGAAAUCUCUAUCUGCUUCUAUUGUUCUCCCACCUCUCCCCGGAUGCUUAUUUUUGUUGUUGUUCUUAGAUCUCAUUUACAAAGUUACAUUUUCCUUUCCCCUUUUGACAUCAUUUUUCCAGUAUUAAUAUUUGUAUAUAUUUUUUAACUCUUGCUGUGCACAAUAGCAAAUAGGCUUUGUAUAUUUCCCAACUGCACCCCCAUUGCCUUUUUUUUAUCAUUUUAUAUUUAUUUAUUUAUGCUGCCAAAAUGUCUUUUUAGCUUUUUUCUUUUUUUUCAUGGGAUAGAUUUUCAGGAUCAUUGCGUGAUUUUUUUCAAACCAAAAAAUGAAACCAAAAUACACACGAUGGAAAUACCAAAUAAAAAACUUAGUUCUUUGCCGAUGCUGUGCCAAAGUACAGACUCUGAGCUCCGGCGAAGAAUGAAAUAUAACAAGAAAUAGUGUUACCAAAAAUAUUUCAUGUUUCCCCUCCUUCUGCACCCUGACUCCCACGGACAAUGAAAAAGGUGUUGAAAGGGUAAGGGCUGCAGAGGUGCGUCUUUCUCUGUCUUAUAUACCUCAUACGAAAAAGCCGAUAUAUAGAAGAAUCUCAAGGAGAGAGUCUUGUUGAAACCAAAAAUUGAAAAUUCCAGUGAGGUGUCAGGAGGUCUGCUUAUCCCUCCAGCCCUCCGUCCAAGCUUUAAUGGCCUCUUUAAAAAAAAAAAUCUUUCAUUAUUAGUUAUUCCAUUUUUUGUUUUUUAAUUUUCUAUGUAAGUUUUUUAAAAAAGAAAAACAAGUUUCUCUUCUGUGCCAAAGGAUUAAAUAAAAUACAUAUAAACUAUUUAACUUCAGAGAAAGCACCAAUUAAAUGAGGGGGAACUGACAGCAUACCAAAAAUUACCGCACCAAAAGGAGGACCUGUCUGAGCAAGGGAUGAAUGGAGAGAAAACAAAAAAAAGGAGAAAAGACCAAAAAUGAAACUCUCCUUUUUUUCCAAUUCUUUUAUUUCCCUUUUUUCUGUUCUAUUUUGGAAAUGUGAACUUUGAACUUUCUUAAAGGGACGUGGAUCUCAUUUUAGCUUUAGCUUUAGAAGUGACGGACAACAUUAAAUCAGGGGAAAAAGAAAAGAAACUACUGUGAAAGGGAACAUGUUACAAAACGCCAUUGAAAUUGCAUAACCUGAUGGAUAGGUUUGCCCCUCCAAUGCAAAACAGCCCACUGGCAGUGAAGGGGUUGACUUCUGCACACUUCUGUUUUAACAAAUGGGUUUAAGGCUGUGGCUUUUUUUAUAUAAAAAAAAAAGGGGUUAGGGUGGGCAUGGGAGGACUCAUGUUGGAUGUAGAUGCAAAGCAGGGUCAGACUGGCCUGCCUGCGCCCCAGAGAAUCACCCAUUAGGCCCAGGGUGCAUAGGGAGCCCCUGCCUAGGGAAAUUUCCAUAACCAUUGCUUAUUUUCAUCAUAGUAAUAUUCAAAACAAUAUCUUCAUUUACCACUUACUUCUAAUGACAGUUGGAUCUCAAUAUCAGUUUCUCUGGUGCGCUGUAGGAAGCCCAGUCUGACUCUGAUGACAAGAUAUGGCCCUGCCAACAACCAGGCCAGUGAUUGAGUUUCUGUUUAACUUAAAGGCUUAUUGGAGGUACGUAUACUGUUUCUGAAGGGCAGCAGAGGAAGUAUUGAACUUGAAUGCCACAAUCUACUGUAUAACUAAGGUGUGGGCAACAUGUGACCCUCCAGAUGUUGUUCAAUUAGUUUUUGCAGAGCUUUUUGAAGAGCUGUAAUUCAGCAAACAUACGAAACGCCACAGGUUGUCAUUGCUGAUGUAACUCCUUACCUCUUGUGUACACAUAAAGAUUCUUACAUACACAUGCUUUAUAGAAAUAAUAUAUGGUCAGAUAACCCUUUUUUAGCCGGGGUGAAUGAUACCAAUUCUCCAUUGAACAAAAUGCAACGGAAACACGAACUACAUAUUUGGGCGUGGUUUUGCCCAUCUAUACUUAAAGGGAUUGUAUUACUUCUCAAAACAAUUAAUUUAGAAGCCAUUGUGAUGACUACUAUUCACCUGUUUCUACCUAGGCAGCAGCAGAAGGCUAACACCACUUCUAACAUAUAUAUAUUGGAAUCAACAGAUGCCAGUUGAACCUCUCCAUAGCAUGCUUACUCCCUUUUUAAAAAAGGUGAUAUAAGCCCUUUCAUUUUUGCUAAAUCUGAGGCACUUAAAUAUAUGUAUAGAAGAGAAAGAUCAUUUAUAUACUUACAUAUUCAAACAGAUUUAAGCAGACUUCCCCAUACAACUAUAUGUUUUUACUCUAAACACUUUGGUAUGCAUAUACCUGCGUUCAAUAUGAAUCCAAUAAGUAGGGCUUUUACUGGAAAUGCCUUUUUUUAAAUAUAUCUGUAGUUAAUGUUAUACCUACAUUUCUUCCACCAGAGGGUAUUUAAUCAAAUUCCCCUUCCUAGUGAAAUGCUUUGUUUAGUAAACCUAAAGUACAGGUAGCAGUUUAGUAAAAGGCAGAUUCUUAUUGGGGUGGUUGUAAUGAUAAAAAAAAGACUUCCAUUGGCACUUAAUAAUAAUAAUCAUGAUAAUAAUAAUAGAAUAGGCAGAGCAAAUCUUCAAUUCAAGCCCUGUCUUUCAUAUCAUACUUUGAACGUAGGUGAAUAUUGUUCCUUUGCAUAAUUAUACCUAAUCAGUUGUUAAAAACGAUAAUUCCUAUCAUUCUCUUAGAGACAUUGGUUGUUGGAGAGCUGUGGUUCAACAACAUAUUUAUGUCACAUCUAAUAAUAUUGGUCAAUACCUAGUGGUUGUUAAAAUGCUGCAAUUCUAUGAUCACUUAUUUAAUUAUGGGUAGGUCCAUAAAUUAUAAGCAAAUGAAUUGGUUUGUGCUCGAAAAAAAAUCAAAAUUUUUAAAAGAGCUUAUAUCUGAUAUGUCCAAAAUUGUGAGAUUUUUUUUUUUUAAAAAUAUGGCACUGGCACCCAGAUUUGACCAAGAAUGUAUGGUUUAUGGUUCAUUAUAAUUGGAAUAGAGAUGCAUACCUAGUAUACUUUUAUUCACAGAUAUAGAAAAUUACUUUUUAAACUUUCAAAGAAGUUAUAGGACUUCUGUCUUGGAAUGUAAGAAACCCAAGUAGAUAACAAAAUCUACACCCCAUUCAUUGAUUACUCUUCUUUAGCCUGUGAAAUAUGAAGGCACAAAACCUUCUUUUUUAUACUAUAUCAAUAUAUUUCUUGCCUCAUUUAACAGUUUAUCACCAAUAGGUGGUGUUGUGCCCCUGUUGUGCCUCAGUCUAAGCAAUAUGGCAACUACCAGUCAUGCAUGUAGCCUUAUUGAUGGGGAAAACUUAUGAGAAACAGAUACUAAAAAGUGUUGCUGGUUUUUAAGAAUACCAGAUAUUUGUAGUUGAAAAAAGCAGAAUAGGGGAGCCCUAGCCAUGCAAACUCAGAGAUACACUGUACUGUUAAUAAAUGUAGCUAGCCAGUUUAAAUUGUUACCAUGAAGUAUUCACUUAUGCACACCAGGUAAUGGCUGAGCCGUUUGGUGUAUCUGUAGAAAUGGGUUAUCAGCUCUGUAUAUGCAUUGAAACACAUGUUGUGCUAUGCAUGUUUCAUAGGAGGAAAAUGCCACCCUUGGAGAGCUCUAUAUAUAUGUGUGUGUUUUUAAUUACAUAUUGAUGCAUUCCGUGAAUUCCUGGGAAGUAGUUAAAGGGAAACUAAAGGCCCUAACUAAACAUGGCCACGUUUAACAAGUCUUGGGCAUAGGAGGGCUUUAAAAUAGGUUAAAGCCCUCCAAAUGUACCUUUAGCAAUUCUUUGCUUCUAGUCCUCUAAUGUACAUUGUGCUGUCCCAUGGCUGCAGUGCACUCUGGGUUAGCAAAAUGCACAUGCAGGUCCCAGAGGUGUGAGGAAGAUGAAGAGCUGCAUCAGAGGAUUUCUGGAUGGAAGUUUGGUGGCUUUAACUUUUUUUUUAAAAAAGGCCAUAUUUUAUUGAACAUUUAAUUGCCCUUUGGUAUAAAAGAAAUGUAUAAUUAACUGGUUAUAUGGGCAUAUUUCCCCUUUAAAUUGACUGAGCUUGACCCCUCCAGAGGGCAGAUACUGAAGACCCAUGCAAAUGAAGCCUUUGAUGUAAUAAUGUAAAUUGUGCAUUACCUACUGCCUUGCUUAUUAGUUACUAUAUAAAUAGACUGUCACUGGAAAGCCAUGCGGUUUGCUGUAAUUGUCAGCCUAUUAGCCUUCAUUAAGCAGUUCCUGUUUACCUCAUUUAUGUUGAAUGCUAUUUAAUUGACUUCCGAGUGACCCAUGAAUCCGAUUUCCAAUUAGGAGGUAGCUAUGGAAUGCUGGUGCUUCAUCCAGAAUUCUAGAAUAACCUAUGAAUGAUUUAUCUGUGUUCCACUGCAGAAUAAUUUGAGCCCUUUAGAUGUGGCAGUCCAAGCAAAGAAGUAAAAACCAAAUAAAUCUGGAGGAAAUUUAAAUCACUUAGUUGCUCUGCCGAAAAACAGGACUGGUUCCAAAGAUUAUAGCUGCACACAAUUCUGGUUGUAUUUCUGUGCUACAAAUGUUAAUAUUGCAGAUUAUUGAUCGUUACACUGCCAAACAAGAAGGGUAUAAUCCUAUGGGUUUAACCCUAAUCUAAGCAUUUUAUGUUUGCGUUGAAGAUUCAUAACUUUAACAAAUAUGUUCUGUAGAUUCUCAGUUACAUACUGACCUUGUUCCCACAAAACGCUUUGUAGGGCAGACAUCAUCAUAGCGUGAAAAUCUGAUCUAAAUGAAUCACACAAUGGUGUCAAAACCUUUCUUCUUAUUUUAAUGUGAUUGAGUCAAUCACAUUUUUAACGCUUCGAAAAUGAAAUACAUGACUGGCUGUCGGGUAACACUCGAGCGUUGGCUGUCAUAGACUAUGAAAAGCCCCUUAGAUUCCCUGUGUUGUCCAACAGCCCUCCUAUCCAGUCGCUACAAAAAAAGCACAACUAAGAAACAUUUGGGAAUGCACCAAACAGAUUAGUAACCCACUGUAGCCAAUCAAAGGCCUCCUUUCAUUAGUAUUAUUACAGGUGACCAGUGAUUGGUUGCCAUGGGUCACUUCUCCAGUGUAAGAGUGAACUUUGUUUUCUAUAAUUCCCAUCAGUCAUCUAAAGCCCUUUAAUCUAAUGGCAUAGAAAGUGCAUAGAGGAGCAUUAUAUUUUGGUGUCUUCUUGCCAAUCUGUUUGAAAUCCUAUGGUUUUGUAGAAUUUAACAGUUAGGGGGUUAUUUACUAAAAUCUGAAUUUUUCUCAUUUUUAAAAUAAAAAAACCCAUAACCAAACUCCCAUACCCGAUUUUACCUUUUUUAUUAUUAAAAAAACUUGAUUCAAAUGGACCGGGUAAAAUUGAAUGAAAACCUGAAUUGUACACAUUUUUUUGGGGCUUUUUCCCGAAAACCUGAAUUUUUUGGAUUUUUUCCCAAAAUGGUCAGAUUUUCAGGGCAGACCCCAGAAACUUCACAAAAAAGGAUAGGGAUCUCUGCCAUUAAAUUAUACGCAACCUCGGCAGGUCUGAGAUAGAGGAUUUUCGGAUUCUGGCUUUUUGUUUCAUCAGGCUUUAAUAAAUCUCAAACAAUUUGAGUUUUUUUUAAAAAAAAAAUUUGAGUUUUGACCCAAAAAGUCCUAUUAGAGUUUAGUAAAUAACCCCCUUAGUCUAAAUGGAAAAAUAUAUUUAUGAGACACCCUAUUUGAAACCGCAUGCAAACUCCAAGCACAUUUCCCUUUCUAGAUAGAGUUUAGCUUUGCCGCUACCAUAACAAUAUAUUCAUAGCCAACAGAGAUAAGACAGCAUGUAGUAAGCCAUGGCUUCCACCUCAUAACUAAAGGCCCUAGUUUUUAGCAUAAACAUAUAUCUGAUUCCCCUAUAGAGCCUGUUCCUUUCUGAGGGUCACAGUCAGUUUACACACUAGAGCACACAACCACUUGUAAGGUGGCAGGGAUACUGUUGCACAGUAGGGGAAUACAGAACUUUUUCCUGCUUUGUACAUUCCAGAGUAAUAGGCAGCACAGUUUUGAGGAGGUGCAACACAAAAUAUACAAAGCACACAUAUGCGCAUUCCCACAAUACAUUUUCCAUACAAAUAAUCCACACAGCAGUGCUAAACAUACCUAAUGCAAAUGGCGCAAUGCACUGAUACAGGCAGGAAAAAAGCCCAUAACACAGAGCAGUUUGAGAAAGAAGCAUUACCCUACACUUGGAUUAUUUACUCACAGAUCACUGUUAAGCACAAACACCCUUUUCUCUGUUAAUAUACUGACUUCAUGGCAGAAAUGGAUUGCAACUAGGGUUGCCACCUGGCCGGUAAAAACGAUGGUUGAUCCCAAUGUUAUUAAUAGGGAAAAAAGAUAAAUAUAUAGGAAGGCCGGUAUUUUUUUCUAGAAAAGGUGGCAACUAUAAUUGCAAUAGAAUUCAUACCUGCAAAUAUUAAGUCUGGAAUGGUGAUUUUCUCUUUUCUUCUAAAACCAUAUACUACAAAAUACUAGCAGCAACAACAUUGCCUUACAUUCAAAAACUAGAAUUUAAUUACAAAUGUUAAAUUGGCAAUGAUGGGUGAGAAUGUUUCAGAUUGAUCUGAAUGCCACUGAUCAUGCUUGACCUUAUAUUAAGAAUAUUAAUACAAAAAAAUCGGGACCUUUACUUUUUACCAACGUCUGUUUAUAGGCCUGUUUCUGCUUAAGAUCCACCACCACAAUAUUUGUUGAUGUGCCCAAUUUUUCAGUAGAAGUAUGCACAAAAUGGCUCUGUCUUAAAUAUAUUGAUAAUGGGUUGAGUGCAGAGGACUCUUGUAUGUGUCUUGAUGUGCCCAAUGAAAUCAGGCUGCUUUGAGAAGUCAAACACCAUUCUGUUUAAUGAGGUUAUAGUGCUGAGUGGUGCUCAGCAGAAGCACUGAGCACUGUUGCCCCAAUGCCAAUUGCAUGUGGGCUCAUUAAUCAGAUAAGAGAAAAGACCAAAGUGAGUUGGAGAAUCUAAUAUUGAUUCUUACCCACCUCAUCAUCAUCAUCAUUUAUUUAUAUAUCGCGCAGACAAGUUACGCAGUGCUUUCUGACUUUGUUCCCUCGUGUUACACAAGCUUUGAGUAAGAGUCAAUCUUUGUAUUCUUUCACAUUUCACAUUUUAAGACCAAAGAGUAAAUCACCCACACAAUUCUAUACACUGAAGAAUAAUCAUAGUCAUGUGAUUAUAGCCAAUUUGUGGCUACUUAAUUUAUACCUUGAAUGGUUAUACACUGGUAACAUACAUGAUAUCCAGGUAACAUAUAUUGAGUGACUUGCACUGGUUCCAUACAUUAUAAUCAGGUUACAUAUACUUAACCUUUACACUGGCUGCCCUUUUAAUUAGACCCAGAUGUACUUAUUCAUCCCAACAGCCUAGUUUCACAGAUUAUCCCAGGUAACAUAGUAAGAAUAUGCACUUGUUGUGAAUGGGUAACAGGUUACACACUGGAUUACAUAUAUAUAUACCAAAUAAGAAGCAUUAGAACCAGACUUUAUACUUAGGGUACCAUUACCAUAAUUAUACAUAUGACACCACACAUUCCCAGGUAAAACAUAGCAAGUCUACACACCCAGUACCAAACAUUAUUUCCAUAGACUACACCCACGUUACACAUACUUGGGGGCCUAUUUAUCAAAGGUUGGAUUUUAGAGGUUUUUGAAACCACGACUAAACUCACAAACCGUAAAACUACGAAUGUAUCAAAAAAAAAAAAACA